AUGGACGAAGCGUUUGAUAUGGAGCAGGAGGAUGAUCAAUUCCGGGUCAAUGAACGUAGUAGCUCAGGUUCACGCCAUUCAUCAAUCUCGACGUCAGGAGAAUCUGGAGGACGAAAUGCGGAUUUAAUUGAUAUUGAAGAAGUUGCUCCGGAAGAAAUGGAGCAAGAUGAUCUGGAAGGCGAAGACGAUGAAGAAACCAGUGAAGAUGGCGACCAAUGGACUUGGGAUAUUCGCUCUUCAUCGACAGAAGAAGAAAUUGCGGACCCUGAUCCAUGGUAUCCUAUGGAGAAAAGAACCGAAAAUCCACCAAAUUUAUUUUUUUUGCAUAAAACACCGGAAUCGUUUCGACUAAAGCGAAAUGAUGAGGAAAAGGAGGAAGAACCGGAGCAAACGAAUCCGGAUAAUGAUUGUAGCUACAUGGAAUACAAAAAAUUGUUGGCCCCUCAUCCAGAAAACCUUGAACUCGUCAAGGCAACUAUUGAAUAUUUUACUUAUUACGGUUUUGUUGAUGCAGCUAAAACCAUGUGUCGUGAUUACGUUAUCGAGGUGCCCAAAGACGAUCUUGAAUUAAUGGAAAAGCGUUCUGAGCUUCAAAAAAUGAUAACUGAAGGAAAAAUUGAACAAGCGAUUGAAAUGAUUGAAAAUCUUUGCCCGAAUUUAAUAACGAAUAAUCUCAGUGUCGAGUUUCCCAUUAGGAAACAGCAUAUUAUCGAAAUGAUUCGAGAAAAAAAAGACGCUAAAUCCGUUAUUUUAUACGCUCGUGAGCAUUUCAUUAACAACCGAGAAAGAAUUUCGGAAGAUUACUUGUCGCAGCUUGAAAAUGCGCUCGCUCUUCUCGUAUAUGAUAUAAAAGACGAAUCGCCAUUUCAUUCGCAAUACGAUCAAAAAGAACGGAAUAAGCUUGCAACUCUUAUGAAUAAAGCUGUUCUUACUGCUCUUGGAAAGGCUAGAACCCCGAAAAUUGAGUUCUUAGCGAAGCUCCUCGCUUGGGCUUGCCGUGAUUUGCCAGAGACGCCGCAUGAUAAUGAUCCCCUGUACUGGGGUCGAAAACUAUUUGAAUCACGAGAUGGAUUAUAUGAAUUUAUGUCUAACAUGAACUUCUUGGACGUCGUGGAUCCUACUAAAGACAUGAUUUAA